CCGCCGCUGGCUGUUGGUUAGGAAAUAUUAUACACACCAGUUUGCCGCCGAGCCGUUAUUAUCAUAUUGUUGUUAAUAUCAUACUAUAUUCCGCGCCGCAAUAUGAAUUGCUAUUCAAAAACCGCGAUCUGGUUGUUGUUGUGUUGCCGGUGUUCGACGGCAAUCAGUCUGGUGCGGAUACAACCCGGCGACUUCGCGGCUGCCUUUGCCAGAAGCCGUGUGCUAUCGUCGUCGACGUCUCCCUCGUCUGUCCAGAACAAGUUCGGAUCUCAGCAGCAACCGCAAGCCGACGACCAAGACACUUCGGACACGCUGGGCUUCGGCAUAGGCCUGGAACUCGGUCUGGACACGCCGUUGAUCGACAGCCUGCUGGAGAGGAUACUGCGCCGCAAGCAACUGCUGCUGAACGCCGCCCUGUUCCAGAACUGGGUUCCCCCGGGAGCCGCGGGACUGUACCCGCAGACGCCGGGCUUCGGCACUCCCGGCUACUACCCGAACCCGGCACUGGCCCCCUAUCCGUAUGCCGGCGCCGCAGGGCCAGGCGUCUGGAGCAGACCGCCGGCAGCGUAUCCCGGUUACCCGUACGGGGGGCUCAACCCGUUUUCCGGGGGCGGAGGCGCCGGUUGGGGAGGCGUGCCUUUCAACAGGUACAAUCCAUUUUUAGACUUUGACAACGAUUUUUCGGCGUUUAAAAAAAGAGAUUAGAAACUCAACCUCCCCCGGCCGCCCUUCUAAGAGUAACUCAGCCAGAGUUGUGCGAAUUAUCAUUUGAAUGAAAAACUAUUCGGAUAAUAACUGUUUAAAUAAUUUUUCAUUCUAUACAAUAUUAUUCAAAUAAUAAUUAUGUUUGGAAUUAUUCGAAUAACACUCUACUCGACUAAUGUGACAUCUAGAUGAUUAUUAUUUAUUUAUUCGAAUGGUUCACAACUUUGCAUGUACUCACACACGGCGAAACAAAAUCAAUGUUGUCUAAGUAGAGUUUUUGGCUGCGGAUUCAAUUUUGAACACAAUAAUAUGUAUUUACAAAUUAUUUAACUUGUAUUAGAAAUAUAAAAAAUAUAUAUAUUUAAGUUUUUAAAACCGUAAUGUUCAAAUUUUUACUGUUCACUAUUCGAAAGCGUUUAAAACAUUUGUACUAAAUAUUAUUAUAACAUUAAAUUAUAUUAUUUUUAAAUUGCUGUAGUUAAGGCCACACGUCACACUGUCGUUUUAGUAUACUUAUAAGUUAUUGCCAAUAACUUGUUAAAACAUUAAUUAUUUUUUGUAUUAUGUAUAACUAUGACUAGUUUAAUUAAUAAAGGACGAAUGACAUUUUUUACCAUUUUAUACAUUCUCCGGCGACUUAAGAUUAAAUUAAAAUUUUAUAUGUAUAGCACAUAAUAUACCUAUUAUGGGACAAAGACAUAUAUUCCACUUCAC